UCAUCUCUAAGAUCGAGGUCCAAUAUUUCAGAGUGCAGAACAAAAAAAAGAUAGAACAGCUCAGGAUCAGAGGGGAUGAAGACAAAGAAGUUAGGACUAAAGAAAUGAAACUCAGAGUAGCUCAAGGCAAAGCCAAUAAGAUCAAAAAAUGAAAUUGGUUUAAUGAAGCAACAGAUUAAUAACGCAUAUGAUAUCAAUAAUGUCCUGGCUCUUGAGAACGAACUUGCUCAUAAUAAACAGGUCAUCGUAAAACUCCUCGCUCAGAAUAAGGGACUCAUGAAUGUCAAGAAAGGUCAAAGCAAGGCCAUGAAGAAACUUAUAAUGAUUCAGAUCCACAGAAAAGGCUGGAAAUUAUUAAGAAGGAUAUACAAGAAGCUAAGAAAUUUUAAGAGAGAAAGAAGAUAAUAUCAGGGAGAAGGAAAAGCAGCUUCAAGAAACCAAACUGAUAAAUCUAAAUAUGAUAAGGCUUAUCGUAAACGUGGUUAGAUGAAAGAUACAGUAAGUUAAAAAUGAUGCUCCUGAAGCAUAAGCAGGCACGGAAGAAAAUCAGGAUGAUAAAAUUAUGAUUCAUUCUCUGGUCUCUCAGAAGCAGAAAGAAGAUACUGGGGAAGAUCCUGAACAAUUUGCAAAGGCUAAAUAUGCUAAACUUCAAGUAGAUUUUGAAAGUAUUUUCAGUUGACAUACCUUUCCGAGGACAUUGAGAAAGCUGAACAAAUCCUUCUUGAAACCAGAUAAAACUUAGAGAUGAUAGUCACAUCGUUUAGUAUAACCAAAGAGUUAAGAAAUUUAACAAAAUAUAUCAGAAAAAGAAGGAAAGAAAUGAGCUCUAGAGAAGAAAAGUAGAAGGCAAAUCGAAAAAUAGCAAGACUCAAUUGCUCAAAGGAAUAGAAGACAUCUAAACCAUUCUGAUAACUUUCCAAACAGGACAACAUUAUACUUGAGGAGAAAAACCAGGGAAUCUAAUAGAGAUAAGACUUAAGAUUUCUAUAAAGACCUCACUGAGGAUGGAGAUGAUCCUAGAAAAUUGAGAACCCCUGUUUCAGAUAAAAUAAAAUAUCCCCUUCUCUCAAGUAAGAAAGGAAGGAAUACCUCUGCCAAUGGACGAUAAUUAGGAGCUACUUAGCAGAGAAAUUGAUCGAAAUAAGAGGUCUUUAAUGAGCAAGUUUGGGGAGAACGUCUCUACUAAGAUGAAAGAUAUAAAUGAUACUUCUGAUAUAUCUGAUGAUAUUUGAAGAAUUUUCGAAGCCUCAUUGAAAAUUUAUUCUAAAACAAAGAAAUUCACUAAAUUCAGAUUCAGACCUAAAGUUCUAACUGAAUUUCAAAAAUGGCCAAGUAUAUACAAAGUCUUUAGAAGGAAACUCUUUUUCUAAAGAUAGUAGUUUCAUAAAGCAAAUGUAGGCUGCUCUUAAGAAGCCAGAGCCACUAUAGCAGAGAAGGAGCCAGUUAGUUAAGCUUAAUUCUGCUCUGAAGAAGAUGUAAUUUCGUUCAAUUAUUUAGU